AUGUCACAGCAAUCCAAAGCGACUCUGCAGAACCCAAAACGUAUUGUCAUGAUUAGUAGUGUUGCUGGCCAAGGUGCUUCGCUGCUGGUUCCACUGUACCACGCGGCCAAACAUGCAGUCGUCGGUUUUACACGCUCUUUGGCCGGUCUGGAUGAGAAGUUUGGCAUUCGUGUUAAUGCAUGUUGUCCAGGGAUCAUCAAGACACCUCUCUGGACAGACAACCCAGACAAGAUGAGGUACUUUGAUGAGGAGAAGGAUCUUUGGGCGACUCCAGAAGAGGUUGCGGAGGCAAUGCUAAAAUUGGUUGAAGAUGAAGAGAUGGUGGGUGGGACCAUUUUGGAAAUUGGCCAUGAAACCACACGUGUAGUACCUAUGUUCAACAACCCAGGACCGAAGGGCGCGGCCACCUCUAUCACUGGCAGUGUCGAACUCAUUAACGAAGUGUAUGACGCAGUGGCAACAGAAGGUUGGGGAAAGCCUCAAUGA